UCAUCAGGGUUUUCAUCCCAACUCGCUACAGUCGAUUCUGAACUUUCGGAUUGAGGGUGCUGGAGGACGAGGUCACAGCUUUUCUUGUCUCCUCAAUUUUAAAAGGCGUGGAUCGAAGUAAACUUAAUAUGAAAACAUGUCUGUAAAUGAAGUGUACGUUUUCAGACCAUUCAAGUUGAUUGCUUUACUUUGUGUAUUUCUGGCAUUGUGUCUGGACAUUGUAGCGUUAUUGAGUCCCGCCUGGGUAACCGCAGAGCGGUUUUCUUUGUCGCUAUGGGAAUCAUGCACCGAAAAAGAUUCUGGCUGGAGAUGCCUUUCCACCCUCAAAUCUGACUGGCAGAUAGCCACCCUCGUGUUGCUGCUGGCCGGUGCUGCGGUGACUCUGGUGGCCUUCCUUGUGGCCCUCAUCUCCCUGUGCCGGGGGACACACAGACAGCACUACCGCACUGUAGCUGUGUUCAUGUUCGCUGCAGUGGUCCUUCAGGCCUGUGCACUGGUCCUCUACCCAAUCAAGUUCAUUGAUGGAACCGUCCUGCAGACCUACCAUGAGUUCAACUGGGGCUACGGACUGGGCUGGGGAGCCACCAUCUUCAUGCUAGGAGGAGGCAUCCUCUUCUGCCUCCGGACAGACAUGUAUGAGGAUGCUAUGUACUGAGUCCUUAUCUCUCCUUCUCCUACUCUCUCUAUCUCUCUCUUGCUCUUUCUGUCACACACACACACACACACACACACACACACACACACACACACACACACACACACACACACACACACACACACACACACACACACACACACACACACAAACAAAUCAAUAUUCACACCCAUACUCUGGUACAACAACACACACACAUAAACAUACACACACAUGCACACACAUCGCCUUCCUCUGCCACCAUAGACAAGCUUAGACACCUACAUAUAUCUCACAGACACCACUCCACGCUGUUAUUUAUAGACAGAGUGUGAGGACCUGUUCUAAGACAGGGCUCCUGGCUCUGGCUGAUCAACAGGAGAGAUGAAGUCGGAGGAACAGCUGUGUGGAGUGUCUGUCUGUCCUCAGUGGGCUCCCAGAGACCCCCACCACGGUCAGACAGAUGGCGAUGCUGUUAAAGCACAGAGAUGGUUUUGGACAGAGAUGGGCCACUCGACCUAUGAACUUUUCUACAGCACAUCCCAUGGAUCUCCAUUCGUAGAGGAACAAGAAAGAUUCUCUGAGCCCUCCCCUCUGGGCUGAGGUGUUUAUAUAAGGGAUUGGUAUAUAUUCCUUUUAUUGGGUGUAUUUUAUGUUGUUUAGAAUUUCAUGAUGACAAAUCAAAUUAGGGAUGUAUUGAUGUUAUCAUUUAUCUUGCUAUCCGAUCUCCCACAGGAAGAUAUAUUUUAUGUGUCGCUGUUUGAUAAUUGCAGUUUCUGCACACUGAUAACUUAACAUGGGAUCAGAGGUGAAUCCCUAGCUACGUGUCUUCAUAGCUGAAACAUAUCUGGUUUUGCCAGCUCCUUACAUUUGAAGUGUAAAAUAAACAGUACUGUUACAUAUGCAAAAAUCAA